UGCUGUUGCAUCAAGACCAACACAGCCGUCCGGUAAACAGCUGGCUAAGAACUCUCAUCACAGAUUCCUGCUUCGACUUGAGCUCCUGUUGGUGAAAAUAAAAUCCCUGCAGUGCUCAGGAUGCGAGUGAUCGCCCCUCUCGUUUUAACCUUUAUUGCUCUCUCACUGCUCCCGUCCAUUGAGAUGAAGAGACCAGGGAAGGGCAGGGGCCUUAAAGGCGCCAGACAGAAACUUACACAGGACAGGUUAAGGAGGAAGGCUUUGAGGCGCCAGAGCAGAUCCGGCCCUUCUGGGCUUGUGACGCCAAACUGUUCAGAGAUGACACAAUCAGAUGGACUCUACGUGGACUGUCAGGACCAAAGUCUCACUUCUAUCCCCCCCUCCAGUGCCUGGUCCGGAGUACCAAAGCACCUCCUUCUGGCCCGGAACCAAAUUAAAGUUCUCAGGGAUGGAGCCUUCCUUGGAUAUAAACGUUUAAUAAGUCUGGAUCUUCAACAGAAUCAGAUCUCUCAGAUUGAGGAAGGGGCUUUUCAGGGUCUAACGCAUCUGACGACCCUUCUGCUGCAACACAACCAACUGAGAACGCUCAGUGAAGAGACCCUCCUCCCAAUGCCGAACCUUCACUAUCUGCGAUUAUACAACAACCCCUGGAAAUGUCUCUGUCCAAUGGAAAGCCUCAUACGUACUCUUCAAGUCCCAAGCAACCGCAAUCUAGGAAGCCACGCAAGGUGUGCAGGGCCGAUCAGUCGUAAGAACAGGAAGCUGAAGGAGAUUAAUCCCGAGUCACUUUGUGAGGAAUCGAACCAAAUAGGCGACCUAAAUGGCAACGUGACACACCCUAUAGAGCCCAGUCCGAUCCGCGGAAAAUCUGACGCCACCACGCUUUGCCACACCUAUAUUUUCCCUCGCACGUGGAUGGACUGCAGGAACCGAGGUCUUACUGAGGUGCCCUCGGGUAUUCCAGAGGAUGUUGUUGGGGUCGAUCUGUCCCAUAAUUCAAUCCACCAUCUCAAACCCAGGGAUUUCCAAGGAGCAAAAAGUCUCAGAAACCUGAACCUCAGCAACAACAACAUGGAGCGGAUUGACACGGGUUCCCUCUCUGGGCUCUUACACCUUCAUGAGCUGGACCUGUCAUCCAACGGGCUGCGUUUUGUUCAGUACGGGGUCCUUGAAGAUUUGUACUUCUUGUCCAAGCUAAAACUAGAAGGAAAUCCUUGGGUGUGCGACUACAAUAUCCACUACAUGGCUUACUGGCUACGUCUGCAUCCAGGAGUGAAGCACUCUGGUCUGCUGUGUCAGUCUCCUCUAGAGUACAUGGGUGACAGAGUGGAGGACUACAUGCAUUCCUACAACAGAGAGUGUCCUAAGGAGAGACAGCUCAGUGGACUGGAUCAAAACCAAAAGGACGCCGAGCUUUGGGGCACACCAAUGGAGCUACAAGGAGAAGUGGAAGAAGAGCUGGAGCCGAGCCACCUGAGAACCUCACAAAAAUACGAGAUCUUCAAACUGGCCUGAUUCACGUGAUUUUUAUUCUAUUUUAUUUUUUUUAAAUGAAGACUCCUUUUUUCCUUGGUCUGCAUCAGCUUGUCAAGUUGCCUUUUUUUAUUUUCAUUAAUUUUUACAUUUUGUCAGCAUUAUCUGGGAAUUCAUAAUACGGCCAACAUCGCUCUGACUAGUUUGAUUCUUAAUAAUUUUAAACAGCACAGUUUAAAUUGAUUGCUUGUGGAUAAAUAAAAGGGGAAAAAGAGCCAACUUACUGAUGUAUUUUAAGCUGGACCACUUUAACGACGUGCAGCCGCGCAGGUUCAGGCGGGUCACAAAGGGCCGGUAGCUCUGCAGAAUUUGCUGCACCGUGCUGUCUGUUAUCCAGUCUUUCCCCACAGAGAAGUUAAUCUAGCAGGGGGAAAAACAUUUUAGGUAUAAACCUUUAACACCGUGCUAAAUUAUAGUGUUCAUCCUACUUGAGCCUUUUCAGUUUAUGUCACCUUAAAGCAACAGCGAAUUUUGCAGAGAAUUUCAGAAAGAUCAAAAUUAGUCAUCAUGAAGUUCAAAGAAACACUAUUUUUUUUUAAAAGUAAAAAUCUGAAACAUGUUGCCUUCAUAUGUAUUCAUCUAGAGAAAGACACUUCUGCUCAUUCUUUUUUGGUAAAAUAGCUCAAGCUCAGUCAGACUGGAAGCAAAGCAUCUGGAACAUCAGUUUUAAAGUUUUGCUUGAUUUGAUUUAUGUCUGGACUGUUUUUUUUUUAAGCGUAGAUGCACUUUGAUCUAACCCAUGACUUUGUAGCUCUUUGUUUAGGGUCAAUGUUUUGCUGGAAGGUGAACAUCUGUCCCAGUCUGGAGUCUUUUGCUGUCUUUUGCAUUUAGCUCCAUCCAUCUUGUCUGACCAGCCUCCCUGUCUCUGCUACAGAAACGCUUCCCCACAGCAUUGUGCUGCUACCAUGUUUCACUCCGACUAUUGCCAUUUUUAGGGCGAUGUCCUGUGUUAAUUUAGCAUUUGGGCUAACAAAGGAGAAUUUUGUUCUCACCUGACCAGAGCGUCUUCUUCCACUUGUUUGUGGAGUCUUCAACAUGGCUGAUGGAAAUUUGCUAAACAGCUUUUGGCUUUCUUUUGGCCACUCAUCCUCAAUGGUCAGACUUGUGGGAUGCAUAACUAAUGCCACAGUUCUUGUUUAGACAGCUGAUCUUCUCCAGAGAUACCAUAGACCCAACGGUGCUUCUCUGAUUCAUGCCUCCUUACCUGGUCUGUUAGUUUAGGGGCACAACCAUGUCUUAGUGGGUCAGGGUGAGUUUGUGGUUGUCCCACAUUCAGAUGAUUGGACAGAGCUCUGUGAGAUGUUUUAAACUUUGUAUAUUUCAAAACCUGACCCACAUUUGAACUUCUCCAAAACUGUAUCCCUGCCCGCUGUGUCUUUUUGUUCUUCAUGAUGCCGUUUUUUUCCUCUAAGAAACGUCUUAAACUUUCAAUGAACAGCUAUAAUUCUACUAAGAUUAAAUCACAGACAGAAAAACAAACUCUAAUCACCAAUUAGGCUACUCCUAACAGAUUUUAUUAGGGGGGUUCAGAGUAAGAGGCCAUGUUACAAAACUAUGCCACAGUUUUAAGACCAUUA